GUUAGCUAUGAUGGAGAACUUCAAAAGCACCCACAGCUGGAAGCUGAUUUGACAGCAGUGAGAGAGAUCUAUGGACCUAAUGCAGUAUCCCUCAGGGAAUAUGGAACUAUUGAUGAUGUGGAUAUUGAUCUGCGUAUUGAUGUUAGCUUUCUUGAUGAAGAGAUUGCUGUGUCUUGGAAUGUAAUUCGCACAGAACCUAUAAUAGUGCGAUUGCACUGUUCACUUACACAGUAUUUAAAUGGUCCAGUGCCAACUGUGGAUGUAUUUCAGAUCUCUACUAAGGAAAGAUUUGGGCUGGGACAUCAGCUAAAAAAAAUCAUGCAGACAUUUGUUACACAACAGUGGAAGAACAGCAAAGAGAAAUCUAAUUGUACACACAAUAAGGAGUCUGACAAAAAGGUGAAAUCCCCUCUGCACAUCUUUUCUACAUUGCGCAGGUCACCAAGUUAUCCUCCACCUGGUUGUGGUAAAAAUAAAUCAAAACUGAAGUCAGAACAGGAUAGGAUCUCCAAAACUCACAAGCUACUGAGAAAAUCUCACAGAACCUUCGACUGCUCGUUGCUGAGUGAUGCUAGGGCAGAACAGACAAUAGCUAUUAAAUCACACAAACUGUUGAACCGUUCUUGCUCUUCAGUUGUCAAGCAGGAGGAGUGCAUCACUUUAAAGCCACAUAUGCUAUUAAGUAGGUCAUGUUCUGAGGACCCUCAAUGUGAACACAACAGCACUUUGAAGCCCCACAAAUUUUUAAGCAGGUCCCACUCCAGUAAUCUUAGAAUGGAAGAAUUGGAUGGAUUGAAGAACCACAAAUUACUCAGUAAGACUUACUCUAAUGCCCCUAAAUCAUCCAAAAUGAAGCCUUUGAAAGAGUUCACCACAGCAGAGGGCAGGAGUCUCUCUCUUACCUCAGGGCUUAUUGGGACAUUAACAUCAUCUUCAUCAUCUCCUUCACAAAUUGUUCAAAAUUAUGGUGCAAAAUGCAUUUUGGUACAAGACCGUGGCUUUCUUGUGCAGACAAUUGAAUUUGCUGAGCAGCGGAUACCGGUAUUGAAUGAAUACUGUGUAGUCUGUGAUGAACCCCAUGUGUUCCAGAAUGGCCCUAUGCUGAGGCCAGUCCAUGAUCACUUCAAAGAUUCCUGGAAGACUGGCAUUUCCGAUUCAAGCUCAUUGUGUGAUCAAUUUUUCUCCACCAUGAAUAAAUCUCUCGUGGGGAACCUCCAACAGGAAAAUGUGAUGCCCAUCUACAAGAAAGGUCAGAAGGAAGAUCUGGGGAACUACAGGCCUGUCAACCUGACCUCAGUCCUGGGGAAGGUCAUGGAGCAGAUCAUCUUGAGUGCCAUCAUGUGA